AUGAGCACAACAUCGGAGAAGACAGCGGCGGAUCUUCUUCUCCCCAAAGACAUUAUCGUCGAGAUCCUCUCCAAGCUCCCUGCUAAAUCGCUAGUACGAUUCAGGUGCGUUUCUAAACUCUUUUACGCUCUCAUAGCUGAUCAUGGCUUUGGUGUUCUGCAUCGCAACUUGUCCUUGACACUUCCCAAUAGAGCGGGCAUCCUCAUCCGCCCAAAGCCGCUCUCCUCCGGUUCCUCCCAUUCGUAUUACACCAUAAAUUUCAGCGAAGAAAACCCCCAGCGGCCGGGAAUGCUCCAAGCCAACCGUCUUGGCUACUUGGACGCUGAACCAUUUCUGGAAGGCUGUCUACACUCAUCCUCGGAUGGCCUGAUUUGUCUGUCCAGACCCAAUGGAGACGUCGUUGUUUGCAACGUUAGUACGGGACAACGUAUUUCCCUUCCAACAAUCCAAUUCCACUCCCCCUAUCCAUCUUUAUCCUGUGCACACUUGGGGUUCGAUUCACAAUCUAAAAGAUACAAGGUUUUGAUGUCAGCCUGUAUGAUUGAUCGAGGCAGCAGGCCCAUCCGCUUCGAGUAUAAGCAUUGGGUUUUGACGGUAGGAGUGGACAAAUCAUGGAGGGAGAUCAACUACCCCUGUUCCUACCCCUUCUACCCCUUUGAUGACUAUGCCUGCUCUAACUUCUGCUAUGAUACUAGUGUCUACAUAGACGGCGUUAUCUAUUUCUAUAAUUGGCUGACUAAAGUUGACUAUCCUAGCUUCCACAUAGUAGCAUUUGAAGUUGGGUCUGAGAGUUAUUCUUUGAUACCAUUUCCAGCUGACCUUUCAUCAUCAUCGCAGUAUUAUGUAGUUUUUUCUUCAGCUUCGGAAGAAUAUCACUUCCUUAACGGAAAUUUUGCAUUUCUACAAGUUGAUGGAGGUCGACUGGCUAUAGUUCUUGUUCGCCAAGAAGGCAUAGGCAUAGACCGCGUAUUCUACAUGGAUGUUUGGACUUGGGAGAAAUCUCAGCAAAGCUGGGAGAAGAUUACUAUGACCAUUCCAUUUGAAGAGACUAGAACAACCUUUCGAUUAGAAGAUGUGAACAAUUUUUGA